AUGCCUCGGGCAUCUAAAAAACAAACAAAAGAUCCUAAUGCACCGAAAAGACCAUUAUCAGCAUUUUUCCUCUUUUCACUAGACGAAAGACCCGCUAUAAAGGCUGGUAAUAAUUCAUUAUCUGUUGGUGAUAUUUCAAAACAAAUUGGUGAAAAAUGGCGAAAAGUUAAUGAAGAUGUUAAGAAAGGUUAUGAAAAACGAGCUGCAGAAGCCAAAAAAAAUUAUGAAAAAGAACUGGAAGCUUAUAAGAAAAAACAAGCGAGUUCAGGUGGUGUUUCUAGUGGUGGUACAAGUGCAAGUGCACCAUCAAAAAGCCGACCAAGAAAGAAAGCACCACCUAAAGCACCCGAAUCUGAUGAAGAUGACAUGGAUGGUGAUGAUGACGACUAA